GUGGCACAGGCACAAUUGUGCGACCUACUGCAGUGGUGCUCACUACUAGUAGAGUUCUUUGUCAUGCUCUCUUCUAUGAGCUUAUUCCUCUUUCCCGGUCGAAUCUUUAAAGAAUAAUGCCCACCCUCGCCAUCAUUCAGAUUUCCUCCAGCUCAGGAUUACGACUCUAAACGGCAUGAGCUGAAGGCCAGCCGGACUGGCUUGAGGGAUUGCGGUAUAUGAGAAGUCAUCGCAGACAGUAUUCCGAAUCUAACAGGAGAGUUAGUCAACACGGAUUUAUUGGAGAGCAACGAUAUUGCAAUAGUCGACAAGAUGUUCAUCCCCAGAACGUAUAAGCACCAUUAUUUGGCGCUGUACUUGAUGAUCGCCGAGAUUCCGUUUAUUCUGCCUAUCCUCAUUCUAACCGGUAUCGCUUCACAUGAUACAUAUACGACCAAAUUAUGGCAAGACGGAGCAAACAACGGCUUCAAUAGCGCACCCAACCAGAUUGUCUAUGCCUUGACAAAUGGCGAAUCAUACAAAGUGCCAAUUGUCUGGAGUUCGGUGCUGUACAACUACGACCUUGUCAUCGGUGUUCUCAGCACUUUCAUCAUCUUAACCAAAGUUCCCAUCCACGUACUCCGCUUCUUCUAUCCUCCAAUCUCGGCUUUCGUCCAUGGCGCCCUAUUUAUUCUCUAUGUCGCUGCCGCAUGUUUUCAAGCUGGCUCCGACACGACAGAUGAGCGGCAUCCCCAACAUGGUCCACCUUGGUACAUUACCAAGUCAUGCAAAGUUGCUUAUAGUCCCUCGAACAUCGGUUACUGCCAACAGGCAAAAGCUUUGUUCGCCAUGACAGUCAUCGCCGUUGUCAUUUAUUUUGCCGAGACAGUGCUAGCAAUCAUGUCAUGCUUCGUGAGCCAAGAGGAGAAAGAAGCAUGGCGAAGGCGCCAGCAAGAGAAACGCGAAGAAAAGGAAGCUGAAGAUCGUGCCCUGCGCGAGUACGAGGAGAUCAUUAACUCGCCCACUUUCCCUCCUGUAGCCAUGCCUGGAGCUAUAUACACUCCAGGACCUAUAGCCUCACCCUACCAUCAGACUCAUUUCUUCCACAGCCAGGGACAGUAUCAGUCUCUCAACGACCCAUCUCCUUCAUCAUCUAGUGAUCUUCCCUUCCGGAAUUGGGGCACACCCAAAACGUCUUCUUUCGCAAAUGGCGGCCAUGUCUCCGUCAACAUCUCGGAAACAGGUGAACAGCAGCAGCAGCAACAGGACCAACCUUACUUCCCACCACCGCCUAAGAAGGCUACUAAAUAAGCCUCUCAAAUUAUACUAUAAUUAUGCUUUAUAACAUUGGAUUGGAAAAAGGAUAAACGUAUAUAUCAGACAUUCAUUCAUUUGAUCUCUUCGCUCAAUCUGUCUUGAAUCUGUUAAGGCGGUGUACUGGGUCCGGAUUUUGAUUCUACCUUCUGGGAGUUUGAUAAUUGUUUAUAAACUUUGAUGUAACUUAACUAGUUAUAUGGGUUGGUUGAGUAUUUACAUAAUCGAUAUAUGCAACAUU